GCUGAGGGAAUGGUAUGAAGGAAGAAGUAGUAUAUGAAAGCUUAUUUAAGGAGUUAUUUGAUUAAGUAAAGAGGCGAUAGGUGGUUGAGGAGGCUUCUAAAUUCGAUUUCUCGCUUCUCUUUUCUUUUCUUUACAGAUACGUCUAACACUAUUAGCAGUAUUCUACAAAAUAGAUAGUCAUGCGAUUGUUCUUCACUUUGAUAGCAUUAUUAAGAUUCAUCCUCAUCAUCUCUUCUUUUCCUUGAUUAUGUUUCUAAUCUCGAUCAGCUGAAGAAAUCCGAAGUGGGUUUCUAUAUAAAUUGGCGAUGCCAAAUAUAUCGGUAUUAUGUUUAUUUCACUUACCAACUUCGAGAGUAUAACUAUUUCAUUUUUAUUUUUUGAUGCAUGACAAAAUAUCUCUACAAUAAAUGUACUUCUAACAUAUUGAAGCGCUUACAUCAUGUGAAUGUCCUGCGGGAAUCAAUUAAUCGAAAAACAAAUGUUUUCCCAUGUCCUUAGAAACCUUACUUAGAAGGCAGUCAAAACAACACAUUACUAAUCCCAGUCUUUAUGAUAAAUGAUCAUUGCUCCCAUAACCUCACUGAUGUGCAUGUCUUGUGUGAGGCAGCGGUUGACUAUGUUCUCCGAAAUGUGAAUACCGUAGGGUACAUCAUAAAAAGUAUAGAGGAAAUUACGCAGCAAGCUUUUCCGCGCGAGCGCAUUAAGUGUUUAAAAGCUGAUCCAGUUUCUUUUUUGAACACUAAAAAUGAGCUUUCGUUACCAAGUCUGCAAACUGUUGAUUUCAGUUCUGUUUCCGCGGGCUAUAUGUGGCAGCGCACCCGGCCAGAUUGUGAGAAGGGUGACAUUGUACUCAUUGAGGACUACCUAGCGCUGAUGAAUCAAAAGCCUCAAAAUCACACUUCAAUUUCCUCUGAGGGGGUAAACCUAGAUGCCAAGGUGAAUGAUGGUGAAAAUAUUUGUAGUAGCGUGGAUCUCAUGAGCGAACUGAAGCGAAAUCACAAGAGUGCUUUGAAUUUUGUUGAGCGUAACCUUCGGCAUGAACUAAUCCAUGCGUUUGAUGACGUUCGUGGUCACAUUGAUAGUGCGGAUUGCUUUCAUCAGGCCUGUAGCGAGGUGCGAGCGGCUCGGUUAAGCGGCGAUUGCUUUACAGAAGAAGAGCUCAAGAGGGGACGUUUGAAUUACUUUGAAGGCGGCCUGAAGUGCGUGCAGCGGCGCGCAACGAUGGCGUUGGAGGCAAACCCUAUCUGCAGAGGAUUUUCCAAGCGGGCGGUCGAGGCAGUGUUUCGGAGAUGUUAUUCGGAUUACGAGCCGUUUGCUGCUCCUAUAUACACGAUGGGUAGCCAUGGGGAACGUCGAUUUGAGACUGGUGUCGAAAAGUAG